CGUUGUGGUACAACGGCCUGUACGUCGCCGUCACCACCACUACCACCGACAUCGUUACAUCUGGCUCUAGCUGACAUGUAAUAGAUUAUGGUAGAACAAACAACAUUACACAACAUCUUAACAUGGGUAAUUGCAGUGAUUUUAUUUAUUUUCCAAUCACUCAACUAUUUUAUUGCACGGAUAAAAAAAUAUAUAAAACACGGACAAAAAAAUACUACAAUAGUGACAAUAGAUACAACAAUAUUAUCUGAAUCGAAUCCGAAUAAUAACAAUGCGCCGGGAAAUGUUAUUAAUGUACAAGGACAGAUCCAAGAACACUUUGACAUUCCUCUGUUAAUUGCAGAAGAUGAACCAAAAGUGAAUGAUUUUAAUAAAAGUGCUAAAUUAUUGACAUCUAAUGAUAAUUUCACAGAAGAUAAUAAAAUCAACCAAUUUAUAGAAUAUUUAGUCGACGACUCUUAUGUUGCACGUGGCUUAGGUUUGAUAACUGCAAAUGUUGGACGUGAAUCAGAAUUUUAUUUGUACUCAAAAUAUGAUAAUAGUUUUGAAAAUAUCGUUAUUAGACUCAAAGGACGUCAAGGUGAAAUUGGUCAAAUCACAAUAUCAAGUCAAAACCCUACAAACUUUAUUGAAACAAAAUCAAUUCCCAUGGAUUAUUUUUAUGAUGAAGAUCGGAUCAAAGUUACUUACACACCACUUGCUGAAGGAGUCUAUACAUUAACACUUGUACGAAAUGGUUUAUCCAUUUGCCGCUCUCCAUACUAUAUAUCGGUAGAAAAGAGCUUAACUAAUUUUAGAUCUCAAAUUCGUUUAGGCACAAAGAAAUAUAAAAUGGUAACUAAAUUUGCUAAGGCCAAACAUGUACCUCUUGAAACCUGUGACAAUAGUAUUCCCGUCAUUGAACCCAGUAAACCAUCUUUUAGUAAAAAUAUUCUUUCAGAAUCUGAAGAAAACUCUAUACGAACAGACGUUAAGUCCAUAGUAACAAAAUUUGAAUCCAAUAGUACACAUUUUUCAAAAAAGGUUCAUAAACGUACAUCUAACAUACUCAAAAAAAGUCCAAAAACUGAUUUGAUCGAUGAAAUUUCAACAAAUUCGAAUACUCAACCAAAAAAUGAAACUGACAAUGGUUAUAACACUAAAGUCGAUGAUUUAAAUUCACUUAGUAUUCAUUCGCAUACUAAAUUCACUGACAACAAUUUUUGGAGUAACUUAGAUAUUUCCAAUAGAAAUAAUACGACAAAUUAUGUAAAUUCUACAGGUGCAGAAAGUAAUCAAAUAAAGAAGCCCAUAAUAAAGCUCAAUGAAAGCAUUAGAAAUACAAAUGACAUACCUCAAGUAAAAAAUAUAUCACCAAACAGCGAAUUAUUGAAGGAAAUAUUAAAUUAUAAGAAUUUACAUGAUGCAGAAAAACACAAUCAAACGUAUAAAACAAAUACACAUAUUCAUGAACAAAACCAAACUGAAACGUUUAUAAGUCCAAUAACUAUAAUAGAUAAAUCCGAAAUCAAAUGUAUAGACAACGAACCAUGUACACAAAAUGAAAUAUCAUGUUUUGAUGAAGAUGGUAGAAAAACUGUAGUUGCAAUAAAAAAAAACAACGAGUUAGAAUCAUAUAAUAAGGAUUCUAUGAUACAACAAAUUACCGAUUUGGCAAAAUACAAUAUUAACACCCCUUUUGCAAGUAUUAUAACAAAAAUAACUAAUAGUGCUUGUGAAAAAUGUUUAAUACAAGUGUUACGAAUACUAUCUGUGUUUUCAAAGGAUAAAAACAUAACACAUGACAACAAUUCCAAUGAAAUUUGUUCAAGCUUUGAAACACUUCUUUCACAGCCAAUUAACAUAAAUAGCAAUAUAGAUAACUUGUCUAAAAAAUGUAUUAAUCCUACAAAUGAAAAUAAAAAUGAUAGUUUACUAACUAAUAUUCCAAAAAAUAUUAAACUAAUAGAUACAAUCGAUAAAGAUAUAGAAUAUGAUUAUCAAAAUGAAAUCAAACCUAUAGAUAAUACUUCUAAUGAAAUUAAAUGCGAAAAUAAUAACACGAUUACAGAAUUAAUGAUAAAACAAAAUAAACACGAUAUUGAAAUAAAUAAAACAAUAAAUGAUAAAAUAAUCACCAAACAUGACCUAGAUAAACACAAAACAGUACACCAAGAAAAUAUAUUGUCUACAAAUGAAAUAACGAAAAUAAAUAAUUCAAUCAUUAAUGAAACAUUGUAUGAUAUAACUGAUAACUUUGUACAAAGCGUAGAUGAUAAGAACGAGAACGAUCCAAAUGAAACGACCAAUACAUAUGUACUGAAAACAAUAGAUAUAAAAGACAUAACAAACACUGAAAUAAUAUUAUGCGCAAAAAACUCAAGUAAAGCCAUAAAAAUUACAAUAGAUAUUGAAAAUGAUAAAAAAACUACACUAGGAAGCGAAAGAGAAACAGAUAAACCUAUGGAAAACGUUAUGAUAGAGAAUAAAACAUGCUUGAAGGAUAUAUCAACUACUAAUUUGGAAGGGAAAGAAGAAACAUUGGUAAGUGUCGAAAAUACAUUAAUAAACGAAAUGCCCAUUUCGUGUGAACAAGAAACAGCAGAAAUGGAAGAAAUGACCAAAGCUGAAAUAAUGUCAUGUCCUGAAACCUCGAUAGAAAACGUUAAUGUAUCAAUAGAUAUUAAAAAUGAUAAUGAAAUUACUCCUAAAAGCGAAAAAGAAACAGAUAGACCUAUAGAAAACAUUAUCAUAGAGAAUAAAACAUGCCUGGAAACACAAGAAGUAGAAGAAAUAAUCAAAACUGAAAUAAUAUCAUGUUCUGAAACCUCGAUAGAAAACGUUAAUGUAUCAAUAGAUAUUAAAAAUGAUAAUGAAAUUACUCCUAAAAGCGAAAAAGAAACAGAUAGACCUAUAGAAAACAUUAUCAUAGAGAAUAAAACAUGCUUGGCGGAUAUAUCAACUACUGCUUUGGAACAAAAGGAAGUAACAUUGGAAACAGUAAUAAACACUACAAAAACUAAAACGCCAAUUUUGUCACUACAAGAAACACAAGAAAUAGAAGAAAUAAUCAAAACUGAAAUAAUAUCAUGUCCUGAAACCUCGAUAGAAAACGUUAAUGUAUCAAUAGAUAUUAAAAAUGAUAAUGAAAUUACUCCUGAAAGCGAAAAAGAAACAGAUAGACCUAUAGAAAACAUUAUCAUAGAGAAUAAAACAUGCUUGGCGGAUAUAUCAACUACUGCUUUGGAACAGAAGGAAGUAACAUUGGAAAAUGGUGAAAAUACAUUAAUAAACGAAAUGCCCAUUUCUUGUGAACAAGAAACAGCAGAAAUGGAAGAAAUGACCAAAGCUGAAAUAAUGUCAUGUCCUGAAACCUCGAUAGAAAACGUUAAUGUAUCAAUAGAUAUUAAAAAUCAAAAAGUGUUAAGUGGUGUAACUGUAAUUGGAAAUUUAUUAACAGUUGACACUUUAACUGCACCUGUAGAAGACCAAAUAGAGACUAAAGAAGUUAACGAUGAUGAGACUGUCACAUUAGAUAAUUAUUCGGUUUAA